UGCUCCGUGGACCCACACAAUGUCACUGGUGCUGUGGAAUUCCUCCUCCUGGGGCUCUCCGAUGACCCCCAAGUCCAGCCUCUCCUCUUCUGCUUCUUCCUGUCCAUGUACCUGGUCACCAUCACGGGGAACCUGCUCAUCAUCCUGGCCGUCAGCUCCGACCCCCACCUGCACACGCCCAUGUACUUCUUUCUCUCCAUCCUGUCCACGGCUGACAUUGGCUUUAUCUCCACCACGGUGCCAAAGGUGAUUUGGGACACUCACACUCAAUGCAGAAUCAUCUCCCAUGCAGGCUGCCUGAUGCAGUUGUCUCUUUUUAAUCUUUUUGGCUGUUUGGACAGUUUACUUCUCACGGUGAUGGCAUACGAUCGCUUUGUGGCCAUCUGUCACCCCCUGCACUACCCCGUCAUCAUGAACCCCCGCCUCUGUGGCUUGUUGCUUCUGGCGUCUGUUUGCACCAGUCUUUUGGAAUCUCAAAUACAUUGCCUGAUGAUGUCACAGCUCACCUUUUGCACCCAUGUGGAAAUCCCUCAUUUCUUUUGUGACCUCCCUCAACUCAUCAGACUUGCCUGUGGGGACACAUCUACCGACAACCUAUUAAUGUACUUUAUUGGCGCCAUCUUUGGUGGUGCACCAGUCUCAGGAAUUCUGUACUCCUAUACAAGAAUCGUGUCCUCUGUUUUGAGAGUCUCAUCCACGGGUGGGAGGUCCAAAGCCUUCUCCACCUGUGGCUCUCACCUGUCCGUUGUUUGCUUAUUUUAUGGCACAGCCAUUGGGGUGUACCUUAGCUCAGCUGUCUCUCAUUCCCCUAGGAAGGGGAUGGUGACCUCAGUAGUGUACACAACUAUUGUUCCCAUGCUGAACCCCUUUAUCUACAGCCUGAGAAAUCAGGAUAUUAAGAGGGCCUUCCAGAAGCUUCUCAAUAGAACAGCUUAA